AUGGGUUCUGGGUCUCCUCCAGGCCCGGCUCCAAAGCCUUCUGCCAUUCCGUCCCACAUGCUGAACGGCAGCUCGCCCCUCCAGGCUUCCACGCCCGCUGGUUCUGGCACACGAGUUCGUGAUGCCCGGGAGCGUGAGAGCCUCAAUUCCUCGAUUCGCUCUUCGUUUGCUCCUCGCAUUCCUGCCGAGUUUACCCCCGUCGAGCCGGCAUCUCACCCCGCGGAGGAGUCCACUGCCACCCACGAUGAGUCGACUCUCGCCGAGCCCGCUUCUGUGCAUGGCGCAUUGACUCUACGUGGCAGACCUACCCUGAACGACCCACCCCGCGACCCCCGGGAUGAAGGCGGUCCAUUGACCCCGCCGGCGACGGCGAGCCGCCCCGCCAGCCCCUAUACCAUGAACCCACCGAUCGACUUUGAUGGUCUUAGCUGGCCCUGCCCUGGCACUCGGCAGCGAUUGGAGUCCACCCCGGAAGAGAAUGAAGCGCGCAUCCAGAAGCUUGCAGGAGCUGUUCGGACAAUUCUUGAAUGCGUUGGUGAAGAUCCCGAGCGAGAAGGACUGCGUGAGACGCCAGAGCGAUAUGCCAAGGCUAUGCUGUACUUCACCAAAGGUUAUGAGGAAAAUGUGCGGGAUUUGGUGAAUGGAGCAGUUUUCCAUGAAGACCAUGAUGAGCUGGUAAUCGUAAAGGAUAUCGACGUAUUCUCGUUGUGUGAACACCACAUGGUGCCUUUUACUGGAAAGAUGCAUAUCGGCUACAUUCCGGAUCGCCGCGUGCUUGGGCUGUCGAAAUUGGCCCGCCUGGCCGAAAUGUUCUCUCGUCGGCUCCAGGUUCAAGAGCGCCUCACCAAGCAGGUUGCUUUGGCUAUUUCGGAGGUUCUUAAGCCCCGAGGUGUUGGAGUUGUCAUGGAAUCAUCUCAUCUCUGCAUGGUGAUGCGUGGUGUACAAAAGGUUAGCAGCACCACGACCACCAGCUGCAUGCUGGGAUGCAUGCGUUCCAGUGCCAAGACUCGCGAGGAGUUCCUGACGCUGCUUCACCGGCGAUAA